CCCGCUAACACACCGCGGCUGCCGCAGUCUUCCGGAGCAGGGCUAGAGCAUCCCAAGAUGUGCGGCGGGGCGCUCUGGGUGGCCCUGCCUGUGCUCUCCCUGCUGGCCUGCUCCGCGCAGGGGAAGCCACUGGAGAUCCGGGGGCGGGGGUCGGCCGGGGCAGAUGCCCGCCGCCUGCUAGGCGGGCCCGGAGGUGAGCGGGAGGGGGGCACCUUCGACCUGAGGAUGUUCCUGGAGAACAUGAAGGUGGAUUUCUUGCGCAGCCUCAACCUGAGCGGGGUCCCUUCCCAGGACAAAACCCGAGUCGAGCCGCCGCAGUACAUGAUCGACCUGUACAACAGAUACACCACCGACAAGACAUCCACCCCCGCAUCCAAUAUCGUGCGCAGCUUCAGCGUGGAAGAUGCCGUCUCUAUAGCCACCACAGAAGACUUCCCUUUCCAGAAACACAUCUUGCUCUUCAACAUCUCCAUUCCCAGGCAUGAGCAGAUCACCAGGGCCGAGCUCCGACUCUACCUCUCCUGUCAAAUUCAUGUGGACUCCUCUCACGAGCUGAAAGGAAACGUGGUCAUUUAUGAUGUUCUGGAUGGAGCCAAUGCCUGGGAUGCUUCUGGGAGAACCAAGACCUUCCUGGUGUCCCAGGAUAUCCGGGACGAGGGCUGGGAGAACUUUGAGGUGUCCAGUGCUGUGAAGAGGUGGGUCCGAGCAGACCCCACUAAGAGCAAAAACAAACUGGAAGUGACAGUGGAGAGUCACAGGAAGGGCUGUGACAAGCUGGAUGUCAGUGUCCCCCCCAGCUCCAAAAACCUGCCCUUCUUUGUCGUCUUCUCCAAUGACCGCAGCAAUGGCACCAAGGAGACCAGGCUGGAGCUCAGGGAGAUGAUCGGCCACGAGCAGGAGAGUGUGCUCAAGAAGCUGUUCAAGAACGGCCUGAUGGAGGCAGGGGAGAACAAGGACGAGGAGGAGGAGGAGGAUGUGCAAAGCCACAUGGCCGUGAGCUCGUCUUUGGCCAGACGGAAGAGGAGUGCCGGGGCCAACAACCACUGUCAGAAGACCUCCCUGCGGGUGAACUUCGAGGACAUCGGCUGGGACAGCUGGAUCAUCGCGCCCAAGGAGUACGAUGCCUUUGAAUGUAAAGGCGGCUGCUUCUUCCCCCUCGCUGACGACGUGACCCCGACGAAACACGCCAUCGUGCAGACCCUGGUGCAUCUCAAGUUCCCCAUGAAGGUGGGCAAGGCCUGCUGUGUGCCCACCAAACUGAGCCCCAUCUCCAUCCUCUACAAGGAUGACAUGGGGGUCCCCACCCUCAAGUACCACUAUGAAGGGAUGAGCGUGGCCGAGUGUGGGUGCAGGUAGUGCUGGCCCGUGGGUGGGGGAGGCAGGGUGGAGGGGGCUCCUAGUGAGAGGUCCUGUGUCCUGCUGGGCAUGACAGAGACUAAGUCCACCUGGGUGGCAGCCUGGAGAAGGAAGGCGAGCCACCAGGUCCUUGCGGUAAAGACCUGCUCUCCCUCUCACGGCCCACCCCAAGCACACACCACUGGGUUGAACUGCAGGGGAGGGGAUGCCAACGGGC